GUAGCGUCGAUAUGACAAGUUUAGUAUGCAUGAUACCACAGUGAAGUAAUCUGGGUCUGCUGGUAUACCGAGCACUUGCUGCACAAAUUGAGCAAGACUCCAAGCUGAAUUGACUGAUAUUUUAAAGAAUCUAAAUAUUAAACCGACCGUGCAGGAAGAUGUCAGUGAGCGUUCUGUUGGAGAAUGUUGCGGGUUUCACUGGAGAGGGACCACACUGGGAUGAGACGACUAACCGUCUGUACCACGUGGACAUUGGGGGGAGUACUGUCCACCGCUGGGACGCUGGAACACAACAGAACAGCUCCGUUAAUGUUGGUGGCUAUACGGGGUUUGUGAUUCCUUCCACUAAGGGCGAUUUGAUCAUCGGUCUGGAGAAUAAAAUUGCCCGCCUAAACUGGGACACGAAAGAAGUCAUUGAACUGGCCGAGGUCCAACACGGACAAAAUACGAGGUUUAACGACGCCAAGUGCGAUGCCUCGGGAAGGCUUUGGGCCGGUACCAUGUCUCGUGAAUCGUACCCAUCCCAGCCGGAGGAUAUCAAAUUUGAGAAAGGGGCGUUCUAUUCUUACAGCGUUGAUGGGGUGAUUAAACAACAACUGGACAAAAUCACCUGUUCUAACGGCAUGGCGUGGACCAAGGAUAAUUCCGUGAUGUACUACAUUGAUUCUAUCCCAAGGAAGGUGUACGCCUUUGACUUUGACAUAAACAAAGGCACUUUAGCAAACCGUAAAGUGGCUAUAGAUUAUGGAGACGAGAGCACGCUGUCUUCCCUAGGAUAUCCUGACGGGAUGUGUAUGGACACGGAAGGCAAGCUCUGGGUGGCAUGUUAUGGGGCUAGUAAAGUGAUCAGAUUUGAUCCCGAGACAGGAAAACCGCUCCGGGAAAUCAAGUUUCCAGAUUCACGAAGAAUCACCUCUUGUUGUUUUGGCGGUGCCAAUUUUGACGAGUUGUUCGUCACCUCUGCUAAGAGUGUAGAUCCUGCGGAAGAUGUUAAGUUUCCCCUCGCGGGCUCCGUGUUUAGGGUCACUGGGCUGGGGGUGAAAGGAUGCCCAGCGUCCAAAUUCGAUGGAUAAAAGCUCAACUGGCGUUCUACGUCAUCGAGGUUGUUUACAAACCUUUAAUGUAGAAAACGAAAAAACUUUCUCCUUAUGUUACCGAUAAUACAACCCAUGGAGAUAAUAACAAUAAAGAUUUAAUUAGUCACUGCACAUAUGAAAUUACUUGAAAGAAGAAAUGAUAAAAACCCCAUUCAACACUUCAUAAAAAUUUUGUGCCUCAUUAAUUUCAAGUUAAUGAUUAUUGGAUGUGUAAAAAUUUGUAUAUCUUCUAUUAGAAAACACCUAAUUAACGCCACGUGCUAAGGUACAAGUAUUAAAUUCAAUCGAUCAUCUGACAAAAUGGCAGCAGAAUAAUUUUGUCAGUAAAUAAUGUAUACAUUAGUAAUGUUGUGUCGCAUCUCUGGGGUUUUAGUGACUCAGAUAAAACGGUUGCGAAUUGCGUAUUAUAACACGGUAAUGUUAUACAAUUUAUCCGUCUUUAUAGUAAAAUCACAAGCCAAAGAGAAGCCAAAAUUUAAAACAAAACUCUCUUUAAAGUAAUAAAUUAAGAUAUGAAUGUCCACCCCUUUUGAGAUGACAGAAAAGGGAGACUCGGUGACGAUUCUAAAAUUGUAGAGGUACUUUGGCCUCAUUAUUUUCAUUUGGCUCUUUUGAUCUCUUCCACCAAAAAUAUAAAACAGGCAUCACACCUGAGAUAAUUUCGUUAAAACCAGUCCCAGGUCCGAGCGUUAUGGAACUUUCCAACCCGGAGAAUAUAUACACAUUCAGGACAAUUGUAACAAAUAUUGGAGUCCCUGUAUUUACUUUUAUUGAUGUUCCUUUUAUGUUGCACAGAUACAUAUCCGCUUACUAAUAGAUUUAAGGCACGCAAUCAGUACGCUUCCCUAUAAAAAAUGGGCCUCUAAAGUAAAGAGAGAGAGAGAUCGUCGCGACUGUCCCUGCCUGCGUGCCAGACUGUAGCCCGUAUGUGAGGAAUAAAGAGUACUUG